AUGACUUAUUUUGAGAGUACCACACAAAUGUGUCUUCGAAUAAUGGUUGGUGAUCCAUGCACUGAUGACUUAUCGACACAAUCCGCUGCACAUUCUCUACCGUUGUCGACCAUUCUUUACGCUACGAUCCCUCCGCAGAUGUUCUGCAACGCCGUGUUGAAGCUUACAUCGUUUCUGAUGCAAGCACUUGGACAGUAUUCGUUUUCACUGGAAUUCUUGUGUAGUGUGGAGGGUAUUGGUCCUACGGCCGAACGACUUGAAGCACUUUUGUGCCAUUUUCUAAUUCCACUCUUCCUACGUGCUGCCACUGCAGCGAAAGAUGCACCUCAAAUUCAGUCUCGAGAUUUGGCGUUCUGUUUGAAUUUGAUGCAAAACGCCAUCAAUCCUCCACUGGCAAAACAAAGUCUUGCUCCGGUAACAAGCACCAACUUGGCCACUCAAAUUAUACGUGCUUCCACAACGCAUGCAUCAGAUACUGCUGCAAGACAAGGCUCCGUCUCUGUGACGGAUCGUGGCCAUUCAGCUACGGUCUCAACACAUCGUAUUGUUCGUGAGACUGUUUGUCAAGCUGUUAUACUAGCACUGAAAGUAAUGAUGGUCGCCUUUCACAAGCAAAUGACCUCCCACUGGUCGAAGGUAACCAAAAUUGUUCGCGAAUUGGUCGGUAAAAAGAUCGGAGGCUCAGCGCUGUACUCGUUUACCGAAUUCGUUGUCAAUAUCAAUUUGCCCAUAUCACUGGUCAUUUUACCCAUUUUACAUACUAAGGUGAAUCAGAAGCCAGCCUCAGAGCAAGAGGCCCAAUGGCAGAAUGAUUUCAAGCAACGUCUGCAUCGUUUGGGUGGCACGUCAGCUUCGGAAUUCCGAAGCUAUAGCGCCAUUCUGAACGAAUUAUCACUGGAGUUACAAUCAAUGCGCGAGGAUUUUUCAACGAGACCGAUUGAAAUGCAACGCUCACAUACACCAACAGUGGAAUUGCACAGUGAAACGGGUAGCACGCAAAGUAGUGCCACACAUCGUUUAUCGUACACGAGGUCAACGACUGCCGAGUCGACGAGACGUUUGUCCACUCAUGCUCUCAACAAGAUCUCACGGAUGACACCGUCAACAUUUCAUAAACCUUCUAGUGGCGAAGCACUGGUCGAGGGAACAAUUCAAGAGGAUACCGAGGAUGAAGGUUCAGAAAUGAUGCCAAUACGCGUUGUCAAAAGUCCAUCACUUCCCAUCAAUAAACGUGAUCUCAUUCUCUAUCGAUUCGGAAUGUGGCGAUCGAUGCGUCGUAAGUCGAGACAUGUGACAUCUGAAGGUGAUUUACCGUUGGGUGACCGACGUUCCAGCGUAGAGCUUCAUGAGCUGCCCUUCUCACACCAUAGACGGACACGUUCGUGCACGAGAAGGUAUCCGAAACUCGAAGAAGCUCUC